GUCCACGACCGCCUGAUUGAGCGCAUCCUGCGCCAUUUGCGGCGUGCGCCGCACUGCAUGCCGCCACCAGUUGCGCAACCUGUAGACGGCGGCCGUGCGCAACGCGCCCAGGGCAAGCUCUGCGGGCGGUCUGCGCGCAGUGUCGGCGGCAACCAGAAGGCUGUGGCCCACCUGCUCCAACCCAGGAUCGUGAUCAUCCUCGUCGGGGGCUUCGAGACAUGCCAGCAGUCCGCCUUCACGGCGAGAUCGGUAUCCGAGAAGAGCCGUCGGCGGCUCCCAGUCCGAGGAAAGCUGGACAUACGCCCCGCGCUCGUCCUCAAACUCGAGAUGGCGAGGCCAGAGAUGGUCCCGCCGGAGCCUUUGGGACCUGUGGAGGUGCUGGAGCAUCUGGAGCUGAUCGUGUCGCAGCCGCUGGAG